AUGAUUGGUCAACCUAGUGUUGACUUCAGCUCUGGACUGAACGUGAUGUUUAUGUGGAGAGGGAUGUGGUUACAAGGAAGACAUGUAGACACAGAAAAUGAGUGGAGAUUUUCUAAGACAGAUGCUGCUUACUGUGGUUAUGUUUCGGAGGAUAAACUGCAAGAGAUGACAAUUCCUCUCUCUUUCUUCUUCAGCUUUUACCGCUGCUAUUUCUUCGACUUAAUUCGUCUUUCCAUGUUCUUUAUCAAAGCAGCACUUUCUUUGGUAUGGAUACGGUCGAAAGGUAUGCCCAAGCUCAUGAUCAGUGGAAAAUAUGAUAUGGUUGCUUAUGGUUUGUUAUAA